GUUCUACAUAACUAGUCUACAUUGGACAGUUGGAGUUAACGUCUAGCAUCUGUUCAAGUGUCUCCGUUCAUUCAAAUUUUAUACAUUUAAACUUAGUUCGUUCGUUCGUUCGUUCGUCCGAUUUAGAAAGCAUACGUAUUCGUUCUUAUCAUUUUAACUUUAUCAUAAAUUCUUAUCAAACUUUUGUUACCUAUAUAGACUUUCGACGAUCAAAACGUCAUGUCGAUUUAUCGUUUAUUAAUAUCGAGGCAAGGUAAAAUUCUUCCUAAAUUUUUUCCUUCCAUCGAGACAACGAACUUCAGCGAGUAUUCUUCAAUAAUUCGCGUACAAAGAUUCUUAUAUGGUUCCUCAUCGUCAAACCAAUUGUCUCGCUUGAAAUUAAAUUCACAAAAUAUAGUAACCAGCCCAUUCCCGGACAUUAGCGGAUAUGAAAAUAUGUUAUUGCACGAAAUGAUUUGGCAGAAUGUGGAAAAAUGGUUAAAUAAAACCGCUAUAGUAUGUGCAAUCACUAAUAGAUCGUACACUUAUCAACAAUUGAGAAAGUAUGCAGGACGAUUGGCAACGUCAUUAAGAAGAGCAAAACUCUUCCCACACGAUACAGUAGCUAUUAUAUUACCUAAUGUACCCGAGUAUGCUAUCAUCGCACUUGCUCUCUCAGAAGCUGGUCUUCGUUCAACGUUGAUAAAUCCUAUAUGGACUACUACGGAAAUAAAGAAACAACUUGAAAACUCAGAAACUUCAGCAAUUUUUACAAAUCCUUUGUUAUAUUCCGUUGUAAAGAAAAGUAUUGAAAAUAAUCCACGAAUCAAGUUACCAAUUAUAAUCGUUGACGAUGGAAGCGGAUCGAUACCUUCGGGUACAAUAAAUUUGAAUGAUUUUAUGAGAGAUGACAUCGAAGAAUUUUCGAAAAAUCAAAGGACUAAUGUCGAUCCUGAGGAUGACGUGUUUUUACCAUAUUCCAGUGGUACCACUGGAAUACCUAAAGGUGUACAAUUAUCCCAUAGAAACAUUACAGCGAAUAUAUUACAAAUUUCUUCGCCAAUUUUUUUUCCUGGUAUUAACACCAAUGAAACGGAACAAGAUGUUGUACCAAUUAUAUUACCUUUGUUUCAUAUAUAUGGCUUGAUCAUUAUCCUUUGUAAUUAUUUAAGAAUGGGUGCAAAAUUAGUGUGCUUACCGCAAUUUUCAAUAGAACAAUUUAUAAAGAUCCUUGAAAAUUACAAACCGACGUUGCUAUACGUGGUACCAACGAUCGUACAAAUGAUGGUUAUUAACGAGCAAAUUACGUCAAAGUAUUUCGAAAAUGUCAGACAUAUUAUGUCGGGAGCUGCGACAAUAGGGGAAGAAUCUAUUCGUAAAUUUCAUGAACAUAUCAGCAACAAAGUGAGGUUUACUCAAGGAUACGGUUUGACGGAAACCUCUCCGGCAGUAAUACUUCAUACUACUGAUAGUAUCAAUGUUAACUGUGAAUCAGUAGGUCUCCCCAUACAUAAUACACAACUACGUAUCGUCAAAAACGAAGGCGAUAAAAGUAUUAAUGUGGGACCAAACGAAGUAGGAGAGCUCUAUGUGAAGGGACCUCAAGUAAUGAAAGGUUACUUUAAGAAUUCGCAAGCAACGAAAGAUUGUAUGGAUGGCGAUUGGUUAAAAACUGGUGAUAUAGCGAAAUUCGAUGAAAAUGGAUAUUUUUACAUCAAAGGACGCAUCAAGGAAUUAAUCAAAGUAAAAGGUUUUCAAGUACCACCUGCGGAAUUGGAGGAUAUUAUUAAAGGUUUAGAUAGUAUUGCAGACGUUGCGGUAAUCGGUGUUCCUCAUGAAAAAUUUGGCGAAAUUCCAAAAGCUUUCAUAGUACUGAAAAAAGGAGCCACCGUUAAUCCAGAAGAAGUGAAAGAUUACGUUGCCAAGCGCGUUGCUAACUAUAAAAAAUUAGGAUAUGUGCAGUACAUAGAUAAAAUUCCAAAAAAUGCAUCUGGUAAAAUUUUAAGAAAAGAACUACAGAAUAUAUAAUUUCUACAUAUGGAAUAAAUAAAAAUAUGAAUUUAUAAAGA